AGUCUGGCAACGCCACAAAAGCGACGUCACAUUAGUCUUAUGUUGUUUUUUAGCAAAAUUGCAUUUCAUAGUGUUGUUGGCCAUUAAUUAACAAAUCAAAGAGUGUGCUGUAAUAGUAAAAUCAAUUGAUAAAUGAUGCAUUAACAUAUAAGACCCAUCCGAAGGUCACCAAGCGGAACAGCAAGGGCAUACUAAAAAGAAAGAACCUGCUUGUGUGCCACGUAAAAGUUGAAGGUCAGCAAGGUGUCGGCCUACGAAAGCAUGGACUUGCAGCAUAUGGAGAACGGCGGUGGCCUGGGCGGUGGCGGCGGCGGAGGGGGCCUCAGCGAGAUCGACUUUCAGCGUCUGGCGCAGAUAAUCGCCACCAGCAUUCUGAAAGUCCAACAAAAUGUGUCCACCAUGCAGCGCAUGGUCAGUCAGCUGAACACCCCACAGGAUUCACCCGAGUUGAAGAAGCAGCUGCACCAACUUAUGACCUACACCAACCAGCUGGUGAACGAUACAAACAAUCAAAUCAAUGAGGUGGACAAGUGCAAGGAGCGGCACCUGAAAAUCCAGCGGGAUCGGCUGGUGGAUGAGUUCACGGCGGCACUCACCUCCUUCCAGGGUGUCCAACGGAAGACGGCAGACAUUGAAAAGAGUGCCCUGCGGCAGGCGCGGGGAGACAACUAUAACAUUGCCCGUCCGCCCGGCUCCUCGCGCACUGGCAGCUCCAACAGCAGCGCCAGCCAGGAGAACGGGUCCUUCUUCGAGGAUAACUUCUUCAAUCGAAAAUCCAAUCAGCAACAGCAGCUGCAGCAGACACAAAUUCAGGAGCAGGCCGACCUGCAGGCGAUGGAGGAGCAGGAGCAGGUCAUACGGGAGUUGGAGAACAAUAUUGUUGGUGUCAACGAGAUCUACAAAAAGCUGGGUGCCCUGGUCUACGAACAGGGCCUCACGGUGGACUCCAUCGAGUCGCAGGUGGAGCAGACUAGCAUUUUCGUCUCACAGGGAACGGAUAAUCUCCGCAAGGCGAGUUCCUAUAGGAACAAAGUUCGCAAGAAGAAGCUGAUAUUGGUGGCAAUACUGAGCGCCGUUCUGCUGGCCAUCAUCUUGAUACUCGUCUUUCAGUUCAAGAAUUAGAGCGAACGAAUGCGAAUGCCAAUGCGAAUUAUUCAAAAAUCAAACUAGAUAAUUGUUGUGUAAAGACAAGUGUUGCCGCAAGCAGGGCCCCCCCUCCCUUAACCACCACCCUUCUUCGGACCGUAGACGUAUUUGUGGCUUACAAGUUAAAAUCUUAAAUCAACUUCCACUAUUGGCUAGAGAUCGGGAAACACGAAAGACCGGCUGCAUGGCACGCAUUAAGAGAAGUAUUCACACCGUGCUGCAUGCUGCUUGCUGCGUGCUGCACGUGCGCAUAUGUUUUAUUCGCUUUAAAAUUGUAUCUUAUUCUUAUAUUUUAUAAAUGUAUUUCUGUACUUUAAUAUUUACCCCGUACGCACCCUGUAUAUUGAUAUAUUGAUUAACAAAACUGUUGGCUGCAGAUUCUAAUUAUGUCAGCGCUUUGCAUUGUAUUUAGGCUUAAGAUGAACAUGAAGAUGA